AUGGUGAAAGAAGCAGGAAGAGACUUCACGUACUUUAUUGUGGUGCUUGUUGGAAUUGGUGUUACAGGUGGUUUGUUCUAUGUGAUUUUUAAAGAGCUGUUCUCUUCUUCUAGUCCGAGUAAGAUCUAUGGAGAUGCCUUGAAGAAAUGCAGAUCUCACCCCGAGAUAAUUGGUGUUUUUGGUGAAUCUAUUAAAGGUUAUGGGGAGGCAACAAGAAGAGGAAGACGACAGUUUGUCAGCCACAUUGAGUAUGUAAAGGAUGGACUGAAAUAUAUGCGUUUGAAGUUCUAUAUAGAGGGCUCUGAACCAGGGAAGCAGGGAACAGUCCACGUGGAAGUCAAAGAGAAUCCUGAGAGUGGAAGAUUUGAGGUCCGCUACAUAUUUGUGGAUGUUGACACCUAUCCUAGAAGAACCAUUGUCAUAGAAGAUAACAGAUAG